UGCAAUUAUUAUUUUGGCACACGCAAGAGUGUAGUUAGAGAUCUGACCAGUUUUCUGGUUGGUUUUCUUGCUUUUUGGAGCCCGAACAGAAUCUAUUUGUUUGACUUUACUGAAUGUCGUGGAGUUUGCCAAUGGUUUCUAAGUCGAAGCUUCUUUGUACCUUCCAUUCUGGUGGGCCAACCAGAGUACUGGCUGCUGUAUAUAUACACACUGCAAGUUUUAGAAACUUUUUACAUGAAUUUUAGCAGCUUUUGAUCCUCUGGUGAUGUUGAAGAGGCAGCUUCAGGAAGAGGAUAAGGAAGGUGGUUCUGGGUUUUCGGCUCAAGGAUCAAGAAGGAGGCCUAACAUCAAUUGUCGGAGAAAUGUGACGGGAGGGCUUUCCCCGGAUGAAUUUGCGUCUCUUCUCGAGCCUCUCUUUCGGAAAGUGGUUAGUGAGGAAGUGGAACGUGCAUUCUCGCAGUUAUAUGAUCCGUCCUUAAGAGCGCCAUCUAAUCCUGUUGGAACUUCUGAAGCAAGCAGUCUGCGACUGCAAUUUGUGAGCAAAUUGCCGGCCACCAUCUUCACCAGCAGUCAGAUAGGAGCCGAGGACGGUACUCCUCUCAGGAUCGAACUAUUCGAUGGCAGGACAAAUGAGAGGGUUACAAGUGGCCCCCUAUCUUCGAUUAAGAUCGAAAUCGUUGUCCUUGAUGGUGAUUUCGGGUCGGACGAGGGGGAGGAUUGGACCGAGAAGGAAUUCAAUUGCAAUAUCACUCGCGCAAGGGAAGGGAAAAGGCCAUUGAUAACUGGGGAGCUGACUGUGGUGUUGCAAGGAGGAAUCGGUUGCCUCCGUAAUUUAACCAUCACCGACAACUCGAGCUGGACGAGAAGUCGGAAAUUCAGGUUAGGAGCUCGAGCUGUUCAAAAGGUUUCUGCAGAAAUAAGAAUAAGAGAAGCGAGAAGUGAAACUUUCGUCGUUAAAGAUCAUCGAGGAGAGCUGAACAAGAAGCACCACCCUCCAUCUCUGCGUGAUGAAGUGUGGCGUUUAGAGAAAAUAUCCAAAGGCGGCGCUAUACACAAGCGCAUGACUUCAAGAGGAAUCAACACUGUCCAAGAUUUCCUACAGUUGUACGAAGCCGAUGCGGUUACCCUAAGAAACAUGCUUGGCACUGGGAUCCCCAAGCGGAUAUGGGAGACGAUUGUCGGACAUGCCAGCACCUGUGUGGUCGACGAUAACAAGAUGUAUGCUUACUACCAAGCUUUGAACAAGGCCAGUAUACUGUUCAAUUCGGUAAUGAAAGUUGCUCAAGCAACGCUCGACGGCCAAACUUAUCAGUCGCCAGACAAAUUGACCCACUCUCAGAAGAUUUUGGUGCAGAACUUGAAACGGCUAGCUUACAAUGACAAGAAUCAAUGGGUGGCGCUCGAUGCCCUACCCAGCAUCACUCCUCCGAGAGCCCUGACAACUUUGCCUACAGAGCCGAUAAUCGGUUUGAGCCCGCCUCUUCAUCAUCUAGAUUACACAAUCCUAAACCAAGAGAGCAGACAAUUAGAUUGUCUGGGGGCACAGAGUCAUAUCACUGAGAAAAUCUUUAAUCCGACCAUAGCAAACAGCUCAGCAAGGCAGGUCUUCUCGUCCAGUUUUAGAGCCGGUGAAAGCAGUCAUCAUGCCGGUUACUCAGGAGGACGGUAUGCACCAAACAUCCAUCUAUCUCCUGAGGAACUUUUCAAAGUGCCAUCUCCGAUCCCUGGUGAUUUGAUGUGGACACUGGAGCAUAAUAUAGUCAGUGAAUCGAGCAGCGGGGCAGAUUUCGGGAUCUGUUCAUCGUGCUCGGGCUACGGAGUCCACAAGUCUAGGAUUUCAAGGCCCAGGGCUGCAUGGUGCAUGAUCCGUGCCGUGGUGAAGUGGGGAUCAGUCCGGCGCCUCGUGGCUGCAAAGAGAACCGCAAUGUUCGGUUGUGCACAUUAUUAAGCUGUACACAUGGAAAGUCAUACCUCUCAAGAGAAUUUUAGGUGCUUCAGGAGCACGAAGCUCUCGUCCACACGAUCCAAUCACCGCGUGCAAAGUACGAUCAUUUUACAGGAAAAGAAAAGGAAAUUCAUAGUAUUUGACAGGCGAUGACUGGUUUCGAUGGAUGAGAAUAUCAUGUUCAGGAAGCACCAAAUUUCUCUCAAAGCAUUUGAGGAUAAGCUGCCUUAGAUGCAUCGAUUUCGUUUUAUGACUAAGCAUCUAAGGACAAGUGCUAAUAGAAUGUGUCUUCUUUGUAUACAUCAUGCAAGCUGAUCUUAUGAAGUACCUCACUACAAGCGUUGUUCAAGAAUUGCUUG